CAAUUUUGAAAUCUUCACCAACAGGUAGCGCGAACUGAAGUCAUCCAACAAUCUAGUGCGAGGAUCAUCCAACUUGCGCAACAACUCUUGCUUGGCCAGGUGCUUUUGGGUAACCAACCAUCCCAGGUAGCACACCUAAUCCACUACCAUGUGCACGGACUGCGAAUGCGGCCUGCACUGAGCUUGCAUUUGUUUUCCGGGCUGAGAGCUUUUGAUGUCCGUCAUCAAUUUCUUCGUAAUUAUGGGAAGUUACCGGUAGCAAUUGCCGGUCCAAAACGUUAUCUUCUUGGAUACCUCAAGCCAUAGUUAUCUAGAUGGCCAUUAGCGAGCAGAAAUGGCCGAGGCAAAAGACGUGGAGAUUCUCGUGCAUAUCGCAGCACCCGGCAGAACCUCUGAUGAUGUCCGAUACAGAUCUUAUGCCACAGCAUACGUAGAAUUUGAAGCAGCGACAAAGGUGCGGCUUACUAGUCCUCCUUCGCAGAAUGGCAAGUCUGUCGCGGCCCAGCAAAGCUCUAGUUUGAGUCAGUUUCUGCCUUCACUGAGGUCUCCCGAGGCUUCCUUCCGUAGUGUGCAGGACAAUGCAAAAUCCCCCUGUCUACCUCAGAAGUCGUAUUAUACAACCAUAUCAGACCCUUCGGCAAGCCAAGUCCAAGAAUCGCAAUCGCCGUGGCAGUCACCGCCGAGUGUGGUUCAAGACUCAUGUCCCCAAAUUCAGGCUAACACUGCCAUUUACUCCUCGCCAACACGUAUCCUAGAGCAUUACCUGCAGGGGUUUGACCAUUCAUCCCAGUCACAUCACUCUGUCUCCCACGAGACAGGCAAGGCGUCUGCUUCUAGUUUUUCGUCUGGCGAACAGGAUGCCCCCCCGACUGCCAUCGUACCACACAUUCCCGAGCCAACUGUGAUCCCAUGCACUCCGAAUCUUAAACAGCGGGUGGUCGCAGCAGCGCCUGCUCAGAACGGGUACUCUAAGGUGUGUCGGCAAGCUAUAGCACAAGCGGGCGCAUCAGACGAAGACGAAGUGAUUGAUGAGACAUUCUUGGGCUCGACCCCCGAGGCUGCCCCAGUGCCAAGAGCCGACUUUGAGCCUUCACUCGCCAAGAGACUCAAGGCUACAGUUCUGGAACAGAAUUCACGGGGCUUGCUUCGCACAUCCGGCGAUAUUGGUCCCAAUGCCAAUGGCGGCAGCCUUCAAAGCACCCCUAGUGUUGAGUUCCUCCCUGAGCAUGGAUACAACUAUGAAGACCUAGAAGUUCACUCGCCGGAUCCUCCUAUCUCUGUUGCCCAGCUGCAGCCUCCCGACUUAAUUACCUCUUAUCUAGACAAGCUGGCCCACUCCCUCGAGAUCCCUAAGCGGUUCCGUCCAGAGAAACAGAAACGGGAUCUCCGGCCGAUGGAACGCGGGUAUUGGCUAGUCGAUUGCAAGUCGUGGGACGCGCAGUUGAAGCGAGAAGGAUGGGCCUUUCUCGUCAAUUAUGUCGCAACCGGCAAGGCUGGCUGGACCGUCUGGUGCAAGCGGGACUCUGGUUUCCAUUGGGUACGGAUAUACUGCUUUGCCGUCAUCGUGCCUCAUGUUUUCUUACUGCUUUACUUGGCAAGCGGACGGAAGAUUCUAUAUACUGGAUGUUCAUGGAUCGACGGAGAAGGCGACACCGUCAUCACCAUGGGCGCGAAGGAGCAUCAUUCGGUGGCUUGAUUUUGCUGUUUGCGCAUAGUGACGCGCGCUGGGUAUUAGAGCCUUGAGUUUAAGCAUGGAGCGGCUGCAUUGAGGUGGCGGAUUGGUUUACCAUUUGGUCAGAAGCAUUGGGCAAGUAUGGAGCAUUGUAUUUGAGUAACAUUGGGGCAUAUCAGUUAUAAUACAUUUAAGGUGCACCAGGGCGAA